UUUGGUCAAACAUGGAGCUUUGGAGGAGAUCUUAAUAAUUUGUUUUUGUACCGGUUUCAUGCACAUCAAUCCAUUUCAGAUCAUUCAUUAUUUGUCUGGAUCUUCUUUUGUCAGAUGACGAUGGAUUCCGUCCUGCAAUCGAUAACUCAAGAAAUAUCUACCAACCAGUUUUGCAUGCUAGCGUGGAAGGCACAACCAUGAGCAAGGACGGUACAUUGAAUCGGACAGGUGACAAUAGUGCAAGAGUGACCCCAAGGAGCUCAUCAAGGCCGCAGAGGGACAAGAAAGAGAAGAGAAAAAAGAAACUGCCAGAGUCAGGGCCGACAGCUGAGGGUGUGCCCAGCAUGCCUGAAAGGCAUGCUCAGGAACCAGAGUCCAUGCCAAGGCAGGCAAGUGGCGUCCUGGCUGGGUCGACUGCUGCUCAUGAGUCAACAUCAACCGUUGAUAUGAGGUCUGGUGAGGAACAUGCCAAAGCAGAGGGUGCAAAGCCAACAGCUGCUGCCCCACGACCUGAGGACAUUCUCUCUGUUCCUCAAGAUGCUGCUAGAGUGCAAGCAGCACAAGGCCAGACACAAGUGCAUGCAGAAGGUCAAGCGCAAGCACAAGUACAAGGUCAAGCGCAAGCACAAGUCCAACCUUUGGCAACAGCUCUGGCCAGCAAAGAUGGAAGGGUUCGACGAACCAUAAGUGCUCCAUUCGGGAGAGUUUUGAAUGCCAAUAUUGCGGCAGCACUUGCAGAAGGUGAUGGCGACGGGGAGGACUCAAUUUUUGCUGAGAACAGUGGUGAAAUCUGUGAGGAAAAGCCAUCCUACAUAUUGACUUACAAUGACUUAUGUUGUGAAGCAUCUCAGAUGGGGUCAGCCCUACCUGAGUUGUUGAGUGGGGAUGAAAAAGCUGUUGCCGAAGAUACUCAGAAAAGAACUCAUGAGGUGGGAAAGAACGUUGUUACUUCAAUUUCUGACUCAUCGAGGGGUGUUUUGGAACAGCCUUCAGCAACUGUGGAUACACUGGCUAAGACGGACAUUGAUCAGGGUGGUUUGCGGAGAGGCAGAGGGAUGAACAGGGCAAACAUUGGACAGGGAGCUGUGGAAAGCAGAGCAGCCGGGAGUCUGGCAGUUGCAAUAGAGUUUUUGGGAGAUGAUAGGGGAUUGUUCGAUGAGAGUGAUGAGGAUCGGAGAAGCUGGGAUGCCAACAGGUUUCAUGACCAGGCAACAGAGAGAGAGAGUGUAAGCAGUUUGAGCACAAGUGUUAGUUCUGCACCUCAACAACAGAGAACUCGGAGAGUUGUGAUAAGUAGAGGCGGCUUGUUUAGUGAUGAUGAACAUGUGGAAGGAGAUUUUGCGGUAAGGGAUUCCGGCAAACCGCCAGUGCACCAAGAAGGCAGGGCUCGUUUUGAAAAUCGGUCUGGGUCACAUGAAAGGUCUGUGUCUGGUGAGGACAGCAGAGAUUUAUGGGACACAGGGCACAGGGCCUUGGGCAUGGGGAUUAAUCAUUGGAAUGAUGUAAAGGUGGCUGCUGCCAGUUCGAGAACAAUAAUGGACAAAGGGUUAUUUGAUGAUGAUGGGAGUGAUGCUGAUGGAAAUGAGGAGGGCAGAUAUGUUCGAAAGACAGGUCAGACUGCUUUGUCUGGUUGGCAGUCUGAGUUGGAUGGCAUAUCUGGGCAACUGGCUGAACACUCGGCAUGGAGAGGUACCGCAGUUGACGUGUCAGAGCCAGUAGGUAGAAAGGAUCCACUGUGCUCCACGUCAUCCAGUUCUCAUAGUUUGGUAGAUGCUUCGUUGAUUAAUGUCGAGUCAUUUUCUGAUGUUAAUGCUUCAAGCAGGCAUCGCUCUCAACAUCAAGGCUCAUUCCAGAUGGGUGGGAACAUACAAAACGUGUUCCCAGAGGGUCAAACUAGGCAAAGUCCAUUUGGACAGGACAACGAAGGACUAGAUUUGUUCCAGCAACACCAGCUUGAGGAGCCAUCGGUGCCAGAUGAUGAAGUAGCUGGGGUGCUCAGAGUGUCAUAUCAGGAGAGAGGGAAAGGAGGGAGGCAAAGUGACAAGUUGUCACAGUCUGGACGCUUAUUAUGUACUAAUGGUCCUUUCCAUCAGCAAACCCCAGGAAAUGCUGGGAAAGAAGAUGGAAAUGAACAAGAAAGUGGGAGUAUAAGAGAAGGUGAAAUUGAUGUCUCUUUGAGUGAUGAUUCACAAGAGGGGGAGGAUGACACAGUGGUUUUGAGUGUUCGUAAGCUGUCUACAGCUAUCCAGGAAGUUGAGGACGCUUCUAAGAAUGCACCAAGAGUGAGAGUUGUGGCAGGCAUUUCCGAGCAAGGAGUGCGAGAGUGUGCAUUGGCAGACUCAGACACUACGGACACGGCACUCGAUAUGAGAAACGUUGGCAACUUCAGAGCAGGAGAGAGCAACAGCAGCUUGUCUGCGCCCCGAGGUACUGCCACCAACGUGAAGUUUGGCGAAUCGGGUCUUGCUGAGGUGGGAGAGAUGCAGCUUUGGCCAGAGCUGGCGAUGGCCGGAGGAGUGGAAUCUAGGUCCCCAGACUCCUCACACGCUGCGGAAGUUUUGUUGGGUUCUGAGAAGGCUCCUUGUGCAGAACUUGCCAUGGAAACAGAGGGGGUUGGGAAGGGGCCAUCCCUGGCGGAUGGAGCAAGCCAAGGGGAAGGAGAGAGUGGAGCAAAGGAUAUGCUGCCAUCGAGCGCGGAUGAUGAAGGCUUUUCUGGCUUGUCAGGAGGGACUGGGAUGAUAGUAUCAGGUACCGAGAAGGAAACUGGAGCAAGGAUAGACAACGCUUGUGAAGGGGGAGGUGAGGAGCCCAUCGGAGUGGAGAAUGCAUGCAAACCUAUUUCCCAAAUGCCAGGAGUGAGUACUGAAGAUGCUGCGAUGGGGCUCUAUCCCCAUCAUCCUGGUGAAGAGGAGGGUAAACAUUUCGAACGUGGGAGGCUUCUAUCAGAUCACAACAGAGCGCCCAUCCUCCUUCCACGGCAGCGGUCAGAUAUGGAGGAUGGCGCAGCACUUCCUCACCUUUGUGAGACAGCAGCAGAUCACACGUGUCGUCGCCAGGAAAAGCCAUCCUACAUAUUGACUUACAAUGACUUAUGUUGUGAAGCAUCUCAGAUGGGGUCAGCCUUACCUGAGUUGUUGAGCGGGGAUGAAAGGGCUGUUGCCGAAGAUACUCAGAAAAGAACCUACGAGGUGGGAAAGGAGUCAAAGGAGGCUGUUACUUCAAUUUCCGACUCAUCGAGGGGUGUUUUGGAACAGCCUUCAGCAACUGUGGAUACACUGGCUAAGACGGACAGUGAUCGGGGUGGUUUGCGGAGAGGCAGAGGGAUGAGCAGGGCAAACACUGGACAGGGAGGUGUGGAAAGCAGAGCAGCCGGGAGUUUGGCAGUUGCAAUAGAGUUUUUGGGAGAUGAUAGGGGAUUAUUCGAUGGGAGUGAUGAGGAUCGGACAAGCUGGGAUGCCAACAGGUUUCAUGACCAGGCAACAGAGAGAGAGAGUGUAAGCAGUUUGAACACAAGUGUUAGUUCUGCACCUCAACAACAGAGAACUCGGAGAGUUGUGAUAAGUAGAGGCGGCUUGUUUGGCGAUGAUGAACAUGUGGAAGGAGAUUUUGCGGUAAGGGAUUCAGGCAAACUGCCAGUGCACCAGGAAGGCGGGGCUGGUUUUGAAAAUCGGUCUGGGUCACAUGAGAAGUCUGUGUCUGGUGAGGACAGCAGAGAUUUAUGGGACACAGGGCACAGGGCCUUGGGCAUGGGGAUUAAUCAUUGGAAUGAUGCAAAGGUGGCUGCUGCCAGUUCGAGAACAAUGACGGACAAAGGGUUAUUUGAUGCUGAUGGGAGUGAUGCUGAUGGAAAUGAGGAGGGCAGAUAUGCUCGCAAGACAGGUCAGGCCGCUUUGUCUGGUUGGCAGUCUGAGAUGGAUGGCAUAUCUGGUCAACUGGCUGAACACUCGGCAUGGAGAGGUACCGCAGUUGACGUGUCAGAGCCAGUAGGUAGAAAGGAUCCACUGUGCUCCACGUCAUCCAGUUCUCAUAGUUUGGUAGAUGCUUCGUUGAUUAAUGUCGAGUCAUUUUCUGAUGUUAAUGCUUCAAGCAGGCAUCGCUCUCAACAUCAAGGCUCAUUCCAGAUGGGUGGGAACAUACAARACGUGUUCCCAGAGGGUCAAACUAGGCAAAGUCCAUUUGGACAGGACAACGAAGGACUAGAUUUGUUCCAGCAACACCAGCUUGAGGAGCCAUCGUUCCCGGAUGAUGAAGUAGCUGGGGUAUCGGAGAGAAGUUGCUCCAACACUAGCGCCCGGACGCCCGUAUUAGCUUCAACAUUAGCCGUGGCUGCUUUGAGUAGUACAUUUAUAGCUUCCUUAACGGCAAAUCAUGCUUCCCCUGCGCAUCUGCGGACUGUGGUUUCAUUGAUUGGGCGGCUGGAGUAUUGGCUGGCGGAGAACUGUCGGCUACGACCCGAUGCUAGCUUCAUGGAUUGUUUCACAGAUGUAGAGGCCAGAGAGGUGCUACUUGAAGUGACGGAGGAGGCCUUGGAACCGAUUGCCUCUUUCAUACAUGAUCAUGAUCGGUCGCAGCUAGCUGAUGGUGUGUGGAGGUGCUGGCUGCUGUUGGCCCAACUCCGGCAACUGCUGAGGGAGAAGUACGUAUUAUUAGACUCUAUGGCGGAACUGGAGCUCCGGGGAGACAGCAAUAUUCUCCAGGUCUCCAAAGAGGGAAAGGAGGGAGGCGAAGUGACAAAGUUGUCGCGGUGUGGGCUCUUAUUAUGUACUAAUGGUCCUGUCCAUUGGCAAAGCCAAGGAAAUGCUGGGAAAGAAGAUGGAAAUGAACAAGAAAAUGGGAGGAUAAGAGAAGAUGAAAAUGAUGUCUCUGUGAGUGAUGAUUCACAAGAGGGGGAGGAGGAUGACACAGUGGUUUUGAGUGUUCGUAAGCUGUCUACAGCUAUCCAGGACGCGUCUAAGAAUGCACCAAGAGUGAGAGUUGUGGCAGGCAUUUCCCAACAAGCGAGAGUGUGCAUUGGCAGACUCAGAAACUACGGAUGUGGCACUUGAUAUGAGAAACGUUGGCAACUUCAGAGCAGGAGAGAGCAACAGCGGCUUGUCUGCGCCCCUAGGUACUGCCACCGACCUGAAGUUUGGCGAAUCGCGUCUUGGUGAGGUGCGAGUGAUGCAGCUUUGGCCAGAGCUGGCGAUGGCCAGAGGAGUGGAAUCUAGUUCCCCAAAUUCCUCACACACUGCAGAAAUUUUAUUGCGUUCUGAGAGGACUCCUUGUGCAAAACUUGGCACGGAAAUAGAGGGGGUUGGGAAGGGGCCAUCCCCUGCGGAUUGAGCAAACCAAGGGGAAGGAGAGGGUGGAGAAAAGGGUGCAGGAGUGGAGGUGGUUGGGACUCUUGGGAGAGAGCCAUCCCCCGCAGAUGGGGUAGCCAUCCCCUGCAGAUGGGGUAAGUCAGAUACAAGGGGAGAAGACUCAGGUUGUUGACAGCAAAAGUGUACUGCUUACAACAGAUAUGCUGCCAUCAAGCGAGGAUGAUGAAGGCUUUUCUGGCUUGUCAGGAGCGACUGGGAUGAGAGUUUCAGACACAGAGAAGGAAACUGGAGCAAAUAUAAAGAUGGUGUGAUGGGGCUCUAUCACCAUCAUCAUGGUGAAGAGUAGGGUAACAUUCCGAACGUGGGAGGCUUUUAUCAGGUGUGAACGUGAUAGAAAACUCAGAAGAGAAAGCUCGCCAAAUCCAGGAGGGAGACGAAAUGGAGCAAAUUGAACAUGGGGCUUGUGGUGGGAACCCAGACAACACCCCGCACACUGAGCAAGGCAUUCCAAAGAAGCCAGAGGGAUUGGAGGUAUAUUUCAUUCCGUGCGACUUUCGAGGCUACAGAUCGUUUCAUCUGCAUUCAGUUGCUGAUUGAUUCUAAAUCUGGGGUCAAUUUUUAUUUUGUUAUUUUUUCUGGUGUCAAAAAUCUCUCUCGAGUCUCUACUAGUGAUGGUGCAAAUUUAUUCCUGUGUGCUCAAAGGCAAGGUAGGGGAAGCUAUCUCUCGCUACUGAUGUGCAUAGUAGCACACUCAAUUGUGGCUAGUUCACUUGCAAAUUAAAUUUGUCUGGCCACUUGUAAUGAACCCAGUCUUGUCGG